GAAGGGGACACUCGUCUUCGCAUCGCAAAACACUUGUCAUAAUUCAACAGGUCCUCAGCUCGUGAAAAUAAACUCGACAUAUUUCGUGCACCACCUUGAAUCUAGGUUGUCCGCCGCCAUGGUCCUCGACUCGCUGCCAUGCAAGUCGUCGCUUCACAAGCUGGGCCAAAACACAAUCCGCGACUUCUCUCACGGCAGCGCCAUAGCGCAGCACUUCCAGAUCGCCGAAACACCAGACCAAGAGCCGACUAUCCCAUCGCCGGCCGUCUUCAACUUUGACAAGGACACGCACGGCCGGCAAAGGGGUGACACCCACAGGCUCCCCCUUGUCGCGUCCUGCGCGGCCCACCUCGAGCUGUUGGAGGUCUUCUAUCUUUUGCGCCAAAAGAUCCUGGCGUCCGAGGACAUCGACAGGGCGUGCGACAUCAAGCCGGUCCGCGAGACCAAGACGGGGGCCAGGGGCGACACCAAGACGCUGCGGGACAAGACGUUGUGGACGCGGCGGCAGCAGAAAUGGACCCAUUACCUGGAGUUUGCCGCCGUGCGGUUCCUCGUCUGGCGCGAUGCGCUGCGGCGCGAUGCCGACGGUAUGGUUGUCGCGCGGGACGAUGGCACGCACACUCUCGUGAACCUUCCGCCGAUUGACGUCCUCAUGGUUUGGCAUGCGUUUAUGCUGAACCCGCGACUUUUCGCGCAGACGUGCAAGGAGGAAGUGCUCUACGGCAUUCGCAUGCCUUGGAAAGCUGUCCAUGAACGGAUUGAGAACAGGACUUGGGUAUUUGGGUUGACCGCCGCAGAGGAGUCCGCCUUUGGCCGCAUCACCGGCUUGAGUACCGAUUUAUACGACCAAUUCGCUACCUGGAUCCCAGAGCCGGAGAAGCCUACUGUAUCGAACCUGGGGUUGUUGACGAAGGCACUUCCAGUGAAGCCGGCAAAACCAGCUGCAAAUCGUCCCAAGCUCGGAGCAUUCUCGUUCGAGCGUGGGAAUAAGUCGACUUCAACGAUACACGCACUGUUACCGCCUCCCGCACCUUCACCACCGGUGACAUGGACAGAAACCGACCUCAAAUACAAGUCAUUAUUCGACCGCACAGACGUCGACCUGGCAAAACAGCUCCGCGACGCCGUCGAUCGCCAGACGGCCUUUGUCGACAAGAUGAACAAACACAUGUGGAUUCGCAGUCCCGCCCUCGUCGGGACGCUCACGCGCGCCGUGUCUCGGUACGGCAAGUUCCUCGACCUCAUGCGCCGGUAUCCCAAAGUCAUGGUCGUGCCGACCCUGGACAUUGACCUCGCCUGGCACACGCACCAGUGCGCCGCCGCCUUCUACGCGCGCGGCGUCAAGGCCGUCGUCGGGCGCUUCGUCAACCACGACGAUUCCAUCGCCGAGGCGAAGCUGGGCACGGGGUUUGACGACACGCUCAAGGUAUGGCGGGUGCAUUACGGCACGCAGUAUCGGCUGUGCAGGUGUUGGGACUGCGAGGCGCUGCAAAGUGCGCUGGACGAGGCGAUGCAGGGGGCUGGGCGGGAGGAAGAUGUCGACAUGGAGGCCGUGGCACGCGGGGCGCGGGAGGAAGUGACGUAUUAUAGGGCGGUGGAAGUGGCUAUACGGACGAGAAAGCCUCUUCCAAUUCGACCGUCUGCAUAA